AUGAAAUCGAGAAGCCUUGGAUCAUUCUUCUUACUGCUUGAGAUUUACUUGUCAACCACCCUGGGAUGGAUGCGCUCGGAGACAAGCAGAAGUGCUCCCCCAGAUGUGGGAGGGCUGCAAAAGAAGGAAUUUAGAAGCCUUGAAGUCACAAGAAGAAAAGUGUAUUUUGGCCAUGACAGCCUACAUGCAUCAUGUGAAAACAAGCAUUGUGGUCGAGGGAGUCGUUGUAUUGUAAAUGAAGAGACCCAGAUGCCAGAAUGUCAAUGUUUGGAAGGCUGCAAGUCUACUUACAUGCCAAUAUGUGGAUCUGAUGGCAAAUUUUAUGAAAACCAUUGUGAGCUCCAUCGAGCUUCGUGUCUGCAGAAAAAGAAAAUCUACAUUGUCCAUAGCAAGGACUGUUUCUUCAAAGGUGACACAUGCACCAUGGCUGACUACAACCGUCUAAAGCAUAUCCUCCUAGACCUACAAGCCCAACGUCAUAUGCAGAACAAUGUCCCUGGUCCAGACUCAUCACAGAAGCAUUUUCUUGUGGAAUCCCUGUUUAAGUACUUAGAUUACAACGGCAACGGAUACCUCAGCAGUUCUGAACUAAAUCAGCUUAUGAAGGAGGGACCCCUGGAAAAUGACUUCCUUGGUUGUUCGCUAGAAGACCUACUCCGAUUUGACGACUACAACAAUGAUGGUUCCCUCAGUUUGCAGGAGUUCUACACCACCUUCCAAGUAGUUCAUCUGAGUCUUCCUGAGGAGCAAAGGAUCAUCGUCACUACAGUGACCGUCGGGCUCAGCACAGUAUUAACUUGUGGCAUCCAAGGGGCCCUCAGGCCACCCAUCAUAUGGGAGCGCAAUGGAAUCACCCUAAACUUCUUGGAUUUGGAAGAUAUCAAUGAUUUUGGAGAAGAUGAUUCCCUCUACAUUACCAAGGUGACAACUAUUCACAUGGGCAAUUACACCUGUCAUGCCCACGGCUAUGAGGAGCUGUACCAGACUCACGUCCUUCAGGUGAAUGUGCCUCCAGUCAUCCGUGUUUACCCAGAAACUCAGGCCCAGGAACCUGGAGUCUCAGCCAGUCUGAAAUGCCAUGCAGAAGGCAUUCCUACCCCAAGAAUUACCUGGCUAAAAAAUGGCAUGGAUGUUGGACCUAAACUGUCUAAGCAGCUCUCUCUCAUUGCCAAUGGAAGUGAACUUCACAUCAACAGUGUGCGUUAUGAAGAUACAGGAGCCUACACAUGCAUUGCUAAGAAUGAAGUAGGGGUUGAUGAAGAUAUUUCUUCUCUCUUUAUUGAAGAUUCAGCCAGAAAGACCCUUGCAAACAUACUUUGGCGAGAAGAAGGUCUCAGUGUGGGAAACGUGUUUUACGUCUUUUCGGAUGAUGGGAUCACAAUCAUUCAACCAACUGACUGUGAGAUCAGGAGACACAUCAAGCCCGGUGAAAAGAUUUUUGCAAGCUAUGAAGAAAUCUGCCCUCAGACAGAAGGAGACACCACUCAGUCCUGCCAGUGGGCAUCUGCAGUCAAUGUCAGGAACCGAUAUAUCUACGUGGCCCAGCCAGUACUGAGCAGAAUUCUCAUAAUAGAUGUACAAACCCAGAAAGUCCAGCAGGCCAUAGGUGUGGAUUCUGUACCAGCUAAGCUGCUCUAUGACAAGUCACAUGAUCAAGUCUGGGUUCUAAGCUGGGGGAAUAUGCAGAAGUCCCAGCCAAGUCUUCAGGUAAUACCUGAAGCAAGUGCAGGUGAAAGCCAACAACACAUCAUCCGAGUACCAUACGAAGGAGUGGAUGAUUUCUUCAUUCCACCUACAAACCUGGUUAUUAAUCACAUCCGGUUUGGCUUCAUCUUUAACAAGUCAAAUUUGACAGUUCACAAAAUUGACCUUGAAACAAUGAUGCUUGUCAAAACCAUAAGCUUCCAUAACUACAGUUGCAUCCCCCAUGCCAUGGCUUACACCCACUUAGGAGGCUAUUUUUUUGUCCAGUGCAAAAAGAAUCGAACCACACCUGCAUCAUCACAGCUUGUGAUCGACAGUGUUACAGACACAGUGAUUGGCCCCAAUGGUGACAUCAAAGGGGUGCCCCAUGUGUCUCCUGAUGGGCACUUCUUGGUGAGCACAGAUGAGGACAGUGGCCGGCUCCAAGUGCAGGCCAUAACCACCCGAGGAGAAAUCCAAUUGUUGUAUGACUUACAGACAGAUGUGCACCUCUGUGAUCUGGCAUUUCAGCCAUCUUUUACCGAGAGCAACCAAUAUUAUAUCUACACCACAUCACUUUUUCAAACAGACUUACUUUUUAUGGAGUUGUCAACAGGGAGAGUAGAUAUGCUGAAGAACUUAAAGGAACCUAUUUUAGCCCAGGACUGGCCAUGGGACAGUAACACAAGGAUUGUGAAAGAUAGUGGAUUAUUUGGACAGUACCUCAUCACAUCGGCCAAGGAGUCUCUGUUUCUCAUCAAUGGGUGGCAAAAAACAUUACGCUGUGAGGUAUCAGGCAUCAAGAGAGGUAACACAGUGGUUUGGAUUGGAGAGGUAUGA